CCGCUAAUUUUUUUCGGCUUGAGGUUCGAUUUGAGCGUUUCAGGAGCUCCGGGCCUUUCUUUGGCCAUAACGAAUAAUAAUAGUGAAGACCUAAUUUGACAAACACAAUUAACUGGACAAUUGAGUCCAUUUUCAUAAGAAGCUUGAAACUUGAGCCGAAAGGAAAUCAGCUUUAAGCAAAAAUGUUGAGCCGACGGACUUGAUUGUUUUUAUUUUGCAAAAAUCAAUUGAUUAAAUCAACUUGAUUUAUACCAGUUGAAUUUAUCAGUCCAAAAAAUUAAACGUUCUGUUUGUUAUUUUCUAAAAAUAAUUACAUUUGUGACAAUGGAAUUGACUGAUUUACCUUACGAUUGUUUAUCGUGUAUAUUUGACUGUGUUCCUGAUCUUAAACUGCUUCUGGAUAUGUCAACAGUUUGUAAACAAUGGAACAUUUUGGCGAAACAAAGAUUGAAAAAAAUUCGCCAUUUACAUGUUGAGCAAGAUAUCGAAUCUGAUCUUGCAGCAUCUCCCAAUCAUCUUUACACGAACGAUGUUGGAUUGAUGGAGAGAGUAAAUGUCUCGAAAAUGUUUCCAAAUCUAAAGUUCUUCACCAAAGAUUAUACUCUUGAAACCACGUGUACCUGUAAAAUGUUGGUCAAUGUUUUAUCAACUUCGAAACCAUUAAUUGGGCUCAUGUGUGAAGAUCCAUGUCUUGCCGCGGGUCCAAGGGAUAUGACUAGUUGCUGUCACGUCGAUGUUGAUGAGAUUGUUAAACAUUGUGGUAGCCUCGAGUAUCUGGAUUCAUUGUAUCGACCUUUUAUUCGUAGUUAUUUCUUAAAAUACAAAUUUGGUCAGAAUUUGAAAUACUUUGAAAGUUAUAUAGAAGGUUACGACAAUUAUGAGGAAGAUAAAGAUUAUGAUUUCAUGUUCAAAGAAAUCUAUCUACUGUGUAACUACUUGAAACAAAUGCCAAACCUUGAAGUUCUUCGUCUGAGAGAUCCGCCAAUUGAACCUCGUCUUUGGCCUUUACCGAAAAACAUGAACCUUAAACAAAUCGAUUUUGAAGACAUUACGACAAACACAUUGGCCUUUCAGUUCUUAUCUCGGUUGCCCAAUUUGCGAAGUGUUUCUUUGGACGUUCGAUUGGUGGAAGAUGAAGAUGAAAUUUUCGAAGUUUCCAAUACUUACCCGAAUAUCCAAGAUUGCGCUCUACACAUUUCAAUAUAUCAAAACCCACCUAUUGGAUCAUUGAAGCUGAUUAAAAGUAUUAUGGUCAAGUUCCCUAAUUGUACAAACCUGUGCAUUCAUCUUCAAAAAGGAAUGACGAUAACUAAUGAGGGUUUGAUCGAAAUAAUCAAAAUUUUACCACAUUUAACUCUAUUAGUCUUGGAUGUAUGGAAUUGGGGUGAUGCAAAUACUAUUGAUACAAUUGAUAAAUUCUGUAAAUCAACAGGUCGUCGAAUAUCCUUUUACUUGCUUCGCGAUAAUGCACAUGUAAAUUCCACACGCAGAACUGGUUUAUAUACACGAUACGCAUUGAACGAAGAUGUUGCGAAUCAUUUGAAGACCGACAACAAAUUCAUUAGGGACUUUUUUCGUUGUGAACAAAAGUAUUGAAUUUUUCUUCAACCAUUUGAUUGUUCAACAUUCGAUUUUUCUUAUUAAAUGUAACGAACAGUAGAAAUUAUCCUGAGUCUCAAUAAUAAACUAGUAUCGUUUUCGAUCUCGAUUUU